CACGAGCGCGGGGACCCGGCGCCGCCGGAGCAGCGGGGUAGCACUCGCUGGCUGGCCUGCCGCUGUCGCUGCGCUGCACCGGGCUCCUGUUAGCCGGUGCAUGGGGGUGUCCGGCUGAGCCCCGGGAUCCGCGUCCCUUCACCAGGACCCACACAGGGAACGGAGCUUGACAGUUGCAGUCACCCCACUGUGGUGCCAGGAUGGAGGCCCCGCUGGUGAGUCUAGACGAGGAGUUUGAGGAUCUGAGGCCCUCUUGCUCCGAGGACCCAGAGGAAAAGCCGCAGUCUCUCUACGGCUCGUCUCCUCACCACCUGGAGGACCCUUCCCUCUCUGAGCUUGAGAAUUUUUCUUCCGAAAUAAUCAGCUUCAAGUCCAUGGAGGACCUGGUGAAUGAAUUUGACGAAAAGCUCAAUGUCUGCUUUCGGAACUACAAUGCCAAGACAGAGAACCUGGCUCCAGUGAAGAACCAGUUGCAGAUGCAGGAGGAAGAGGAGACUCUUCGGGAUGAGGAGGUAUGGGAUGCUCUGACAGACAAUUACAUCCCUUCACUCUCAGAAGACUGGAGGGACCCAAACAUUGAGGCUCUGAAUGGCAACAGCUCUGACACGGAGAUCCACGAGAAGGAAGAAGAAGAGUUCAACGAGAAGAGCGAAAAUGACUCUGGCAUCAAUGAAGAGCCUCUACUCACAGCUGAUCAGGUGAUUGAGGAGAUCGAAGAAAUGAUGCAGAGCUCCCCGGAUCCUGACGAGGAAGAGGAGGUGCUGGAAGAGGAGGACGGAGGAGACAUCUCAUCCCAGGCAGACUCAGUCCUGUUGCAAGAGAUGCAGGCCUUGACACAGACCUUCAACAAAAACUGGUCCUAUGAAGGGCUGAGGCACAUGUCUGGGCCUGAGCUGACAGAGCUGCUGGACCAGGUAGAGGGUGCCAUCCGUGACCUCUCCGAGGAACUGGUCCACCAGCUGGCCCGCAGAGACGAGCUGGAGUUUGAGAAGGAAGUGAAGAACUCCUUCAUCACGGUGCUCAUUGAGGUUCAGAACAAGCAGAAGGAGCAACGGGAACUGAUGAAGAAGAGACGGAAAGAGAAGGGGUUGAGCCUGCAGAGCAGCCGAAUAGAGAAGGGAAACCAGAUGCCUCUCAAGCGCUUCAGCAUGGAAGGCAUCUCCAACAUUCUGCAGAGUGGCAUCCGCCAGACCUUUGGCUCCUCGGGAGCCGACAGACAGUACCUGAACACGGUCAUCCCUUACGAGAAGAAAUCCUCUCCUCCCUCCGUGGAAGACCUGCAGAUGUUGACAAACAUUCUCUUCGCCAUGAAGGAGGAUAAUGAGAAGGUGCCUACUUUGCUAACGGACUACAUUUUAAAAGUGCUCUGUCCAACCUAACCUCACCUGGGGAGCAGCCUCACUGCAGGAGGUCACGGAGCAAGAACGUCAUUCCAUCACUGGGAUUGCAUGACACCAUGUCACCUCCUGCGUGUAUUUAAACGUGUAUAGCUUAACCUGGAUUAAACACGAGCAACCGUGCGGGGGGUCCUUUGCUGUUGGCUUCUAGUGCUAGUAAUCUUUGGAUGCAUGAUCGGGCGCAGGGCCGGUGAUGCUCCUUCCUCACCGCCUGUGUUGGGGAAGGCAGGUGCCCUCACCACUCAUUACGUAGUCUGGCUCCAGCCCUCAGCCCAGCUUAUACUCUAAGACUAAUUUUGAAAUAAACCUUCAUUUAAGUAAUA